AUGAAGUCUUUUCCUAAAUCACCAAUUCUCAAACUAAUAAAUAAAGAGAAAAAUUCCCCAAUAAUUAUAAAUAUUAUUCAAUAAGAAAUUAAAUAGCAGAGGCUGAGUAAGGAGAAUUUGAUCAUAAAACUUUCGAACAAAGUUGAGUUGUUCAAGGGAAACUCAGAACCGUCUCACUUUUUCUCACCUGAGCAAGCAUCAAGUAAAAUAAACCCAAAUACAAGCACUCCAUGUAUUUGUGGCUGCAACUCUCCAAUGCUUAUGAACAAGAGAAACUCUAAUGUAAUACCAUCGACCCCUAAAGAAAAUUUUCUAGCCCUUUUAAAAGGUUUCCUUGAAGAAUCCAGAAUGCCAAAGUAUAAUUUAAAAGUAAUCUGUAUUAUUUAUUUAAAGACAUAAUGAUUUGUUCUUAAACCAUAAUUUUGUACAAAUAAAUACGGAGGUCUUUCACUAUAAUUGGCAUUUUUCCUAGAAAAUAAUAAUUCCAGAUUCCAAUUAUGACAUAUAUGACCUUUUUCAUUGUAUAUUGAAAGUAAGAAAGCACUUCGGAAGGAUCAGUUGGAAGGCAGUUGGAAAAGUACUUGAUGCUCAAAAUUCAGGUCGGGAACUCAGAAGAUCUCUAAGAGCUUUUUAUAAGGAUUAUUUAGCAGCCUUUGAGAAAUGGAUUUAUGAAAAGGGACCUGUUACAGUCGGCUGCAUAGGAACUCAAAUAGUUGUGACGAUCUUAAAGGACUUCUUACCAGGCUGCUCCUCAGCUAGAAAAGAAGCUAUAUCUCCUAAGGAAACCGAGAGUGCACUAACUUGCGACACCAGCCACGAAGAGGCUAACGAUAUCCUCCCUCCAGAGAUAGUUGAUUUAUUAGAAGAUUUGAUUAAAAAAGUGGAAGAAAUAAAGGAAAAAGAAGAAAAUGAAGACAAAACCAAAGCAAAUGCCGUCAUUGAAGAAGAAAUAGCCAUAGAAGAAGUUAAAAUUGAAGAAAAACCACAAAAAAGACCACAUGAAGAGGAGGAAAGUCAAAAAUGUGAAGAAGAUGUAGUAUUUAAGCAGAUGAAAAUUGAAGACCAUGAUAGUCUCCCUGAUAUUGAUGCACCUAUUUCAUCACCAAUUUUUAUAAUAAAAAAAAUUGAAGUGAGUCCUGAAAAAGUAAAUAAAAAUAUUGCAAAAAAGCAUAAAAUAGAAGAAAAUUUUGAAGAAAAAACUGAUGAAAAAGCAGAACAGGUAAAAGAAGAGACAAAAGAAGAAAAAAAAGAUAUCGCAAAACCUAAAAAAGCAAAGAAUAUCGAAAUAGUUAAAGAAGAAAAGCCAGAAAGCACUCCUACAUCUCCCAAAAAAGAAAGCCCAAAGAAACAAAAAGCUAAAAAACAUGAAGAAAUCCCAGUGUGUAACCCCAUGACAUCCGAAUUUCGCACCAUCAACCCUGCCGACAUCGGUUACCGCACAAACUUCAUAAGUCGCUACCUUCCUAUUGAAAUGCAAGAAAACCACAAGCGUCAAGAAGAACUCCUUGACCAAGACAAAGAACCAAAACAAGUCAAAGCUGAAAGGGAAUCCAAAGCUCAUUUCAUCAGAAAAAAGCAAUCAGCCGUCAACAUCAAAAGAUGCUGUGGAGUAACUUACGUUAAACCCACAGAAAGCAAGCAAGAAGGGGUUUCCGAAGAAUUUCCACCUUUGCCUCCUCUUGCUUUUCAAGUAGGCACCGUCGACAGACUUGUCCCCAAUGAAGAGCGUCCUGAAUAUUUUGCAUUAGCCCGAGAAUUAAUAAAAAAUUUAUUUGAGAACCAAGGAGUUGUCAGGGUGACGGUGCAGCAGUAUUAUACUGAAACUGAUUUAAAAAGAUAUGUAUUAGGAGAAAUGAAGGAUGGAGAUGAAGUUUUUGUUGGGGAUAUGAGAAUGAUGUGGAGAAUGCUCGGAAAAGACAAUUUUGUGACGAUUCAUUUGCAGAUGGAUGAGAAAUCACUGCUAGCUCCAGCUUUGCCUGGACAAAGAGGAGAUGUGCUGUUAGGAUUUUUGGUGAAAAAAGGACUGUGUGGGAUGAGAUCUGUAAAAAGAUGCUUGGGGCUUGACGAACUAGAUACUGACCCACUAAAUAUAUACGCAAGCCAAAUAAGACUGGAAUUAUACCUACAGAAAAAGGCUUGGAAAAUGGCGACUAUAAAAACAAGAAAACUUCUAUGUUCAUUUAUAUAUUUCUGAUGACAAUAAAUAGAUUUCUCCUAAUUAAUCUUAUUAUUCUUUAAAGGUAACCAGAGGAAUAUUUGUAUUCAUUGCAAUAAGUUAUAUGAAUUUGAAGCUUAUAUUCAGCGUUUUCUACUAGACUGAAACGCAGCUCGUGAAAAAAUUUAUAAAAAUAAAAGCAUAGAGCCGAUGACAGGGAUUUAUUCAUGGAGCAAGUCUUGCAAUUGCGUUUUACCCCAAACCCACGUCACCCCCACAUCUAAUUGGACCUAUUCCACAGCCCAGCCUCACUCAAUUCUUCAUAACUGUCCUGUCUGCAAAUCUAACUGUACUACAGUUCUAAGUUUAUAUGAAAAAGGUCUUACUGAAAUGAUGGACUCAAAAAAUCCUCCCAAUUGGUUCUAUUUAAUAAACACCCGCGACUCUUUUUCUUAUGAUCUCCACGUCAAAAAAACCAUUUUAGAAUGAAAUGGCAAAAAAAUCCUUAAGCGGGAAUAUUUUUUCAGAAAAAACGAUUUGCCUUCAAAUUAUUAUGAUUGGGAAAAAUGGCUUGAAGGAGACUUUGUAAGGGUUGGCGCAGUAAGCUACCAAGGGGCAUUUACCCAGGAAGAGCUUCUAAAGCUAGAAGAAAGAGCAAGAGAGACUGAAAAUGACUUCAGAAAAGGCCAUUUUUUACAGAAUACAGCUCAGCCUUCUUAUGGAGCUGGCGGGUCUAUUAAAAGAACUAAAUUUUUCUUCGGAACUCGCUAUAUGUGGACUGCUCUUCAGCUCGCCGAAAGACAAUCUCGAGUGGCAGCAGGAGUUAGGGUAGACGUAAGCGACACUCCAUAUUGAAUGAGAAAAGAAAUUCUCGAACCUUUAGAAGAUUCAGGGAUAAUUGAAAAAGGCUUCAUUAACUCAAUUGCUAUGAAUAUUUAUCAUGAUGGAAAAGAAGGCUUAGCGCAGCAUUUUGAUGAUGCUGUCAGGUUUAAACAGCCAAUUUAUACAGUAAAACUAGGAAGUGACGCAAGAUUGUCAUUUGGAAGCCAGUUUUAUGGGUAUUUAAAUGGAGCUUUCUGUAUACCUUGCCCAAGGGGCGCUGUAUGUGUGAUGGAGGAAUUUUCAUAUGCGGCGAAUUCAGCGAAACAUUGUGUGAGGCCUUGCGAUAUGAGUGGAAGGUCGAUUACGCUAAUAUUGAGACAGAUACACCCGUUUAUUAUGGAGGAGGCGAGAAGAUAUGAUGUUGAAAUUGAUUUGCCGACGUGGAUUUCGACACUCUCACUGGAGGAUAAUGCAGUGCCGUAUUAUAAGCAGAAAGAGAUGGAAGCGAGAAGACUUAUGCAUGAAGAUAGUGAAGCUGGAAAAAAGCCAGCGACAGGAGGAUAUUAG